AUGAAGGGAAUUCUGUAUUUACUCGUCAUCUUUGCAAAUUUAUGUGAGCGAUACGUAAUAGCGGAGCACGAGGAAGACACAUCCACAGAUCUGUUUGUGAUCGAGGGAAAAGUGUUUCCCUGGGACAACGUUGCUUCCACUGGAUGGCAGCUCAUGACGCACGUGAUGGCAAAUGGAGGCGAACACUACGGCUUCCUGAGGGAAGAUGGUACUUUUAUAAUCUCAAAUGUCCCAUCUGGUUCUUAUAUGGUUGAAGUGGUAAAUCCAAAUUAUGUUUACGAACCAGUUAGAGUAGAGAUCAAUUCUAAAGGAAAAUUCCGAGCUCGAAAGGUCAAUUUAAUACAGACAUCACAAGUAAUUCAAGUACCUUAUCCAUUGAAAAUGAGGCCUUUAACACCAUUUCGAUAUUUCCAAGUUAGAGAGCAAUGGCGAUUGACAGACUUCUUGUUCAAUCCCAUGGUUCUAAUGAUGGUUCUGCCACUUUUAUUGAUAAUGGUUCUGCCAAAAAUUAUGAAUGAUCCUGAAACUAGGAAGGAAAUGGAGCAAUUAAAUAAUCUCACUAUCUAUAAUAUGCCAGAAAUGUCUGAAGUAAUAACGUCUUUUCUUUCUGGAGGAGAAAAACAAAAAUCAAAGGCUGUAAAAGCUGCUAAGAAAAGACAAUAAUGUAUCGGUUUAGUUUACUAUCUGUAGAUGGUUAUAUGUGUAUAUGUUUACUCUAGUCGUUAAAAUAUAUUAAAAUAUUGACGACAAAAAGUGAAAAACGUUCCGAUUACUUGCAUCGAGUGUUGCAUAAAAUGGCGAUUAUUAAUACGUUAAGCCUUUAAACUGCGACUAUUUAAAAGUGCUUAAUGUACUCCUGCAAUUUCAUAAUUAUUAAGAUAAUUCGCAUUUUUUACAUGCGAGUGCACUGAAAAUGUAGAAAAAUAAAAUCAGCACUA